UGGAGCAGAGCACCCAGCAGGUCCUCAGCCCCAGGGGCAGGAGGGGACAGCAGGGCUGAGCUGCCAGGCAGGAGGGCAGAAACCUUGGGAGCGUUUCCAUGGUCUGCUCAGAGCUGUGCUUGGAGAGGAGGAAGAGCUGGAGGGGAGGAAGAGUUGGAGGGGAAGAAGAGUUGGAAGGGAAGAAGAGUUGGAGGGGAGGAAGGGGUGCCCUGUGCCCAACUCCACUUGGAAUCUUCCCAGUGGGUGCCAAGCCAGCCCAGCAGAGCCACAGGACAGAAAACACCUGGGACAAAGGCACGUAACCCCAUUCUGGGGUCAUUGUGGGGACAGCUGACCAGGACUGAGCUGGCAGGGCUGGGAGCAGGGCUGGAGCAAAAGCGAGCAGCAGCAAAAGCUGCACCUUUUGUGGCACCUCGUGAUGUCACCCAGGUCCCCUCGCUCGUGUAAACAGUGGUGCAGGGGACGUUCCACUUCCUCCUGAGCACUCUGCUGCGCUGAGCUCGGCUCUGCCUGCCAAGGAAUGACCCACCCACCCUACACCACCACAGCCUCUUCCAGCAACCCAGUCAUGAGCCAGAGCAACCAGAGCUGCUCCCACCAGGACAUCACCUUCAAGAGCAGCCUCUACGCCACCACCUACACCCUCAUCUUCAUCCCGGGGCUCCUGGCCAACAGCGCUGCCCUGUGGGUCCUGUGCCGCUUCCUCAGCAGGAAGAGCAAAGCCGUCAUCUUCAUGAUCAACCUGGCCGUGGCCGACCUGGCCCACGUCCUCUCCCUGCCCCUGCGCAUCUACUACUACAUCAACCACACCUGGCCCUUCGGGGAUGUCCUGUGCUUGCUCUGCUUCUACCUGAAGUACCUCAACAUGUACGCCAGCAUCUGCUUCCUCACCUGCAUCAGCAUCCAGCGCUACUUCUUCCUGUACCACCCCUUCCGAGCCAAGGGCUGGAAGCGCCGCUACGACGUGGCCAUCAGCGCCCUGGUCUGGCUGGUCGUGGGGGCCCUCUGCGUGCCCUUCCCCAUCAUGAGGAGCCACGGGCUGGGUGCCAACACCACCAGCUGCUUUGCAGACCUGCAGGUGAAGCCGAUCGACAGCAAGGUGGGCACGGUGCUGAUGACCGGCGCCGCCGAGCUCCUGGGCUUCGUGGGCCCGCUCGUCAUCAUCUUAUUCUGCACAUGGAAAACAAGAGACUCCAUCCGGGGCUUCCAUACCCCGGAGGAAAACAGCGGGGAGAGGAGGAAGGCCCUCAGGAUGGUUUCCAUGUGUGCCAUUGUGUUCUGUGUGUGUUUUGCUCCCUACCACAUCAACUUCUUCUUCUACAUGUUGGUGAAGGAGAAUGUCAUCACCGACUGCUUCCUGAGCACCAUCACACUCUACACCCAGCCCUUCUGCCUGAGCCUCGCCAGCUUCGACUGCUGCUUGGAUCCCAUCAUCUAUUUCUUCAUGACUUCAGAGUUCCAGGAACAGAUUUCCAGGCACAGCAGCAUGGCCAUCCGGAGCCGGCUCAUGAGCAAAGAGAGCGCCUCGUCCAUGAAGGAAUGACAAGGAAGCCACUUGGAAGAAACUAAAGUAUUUAAUGUGAAAUCUGAGACUGCUCUGGGAUAGUCCAUUACCAACUCUGUUGUGGAAGAUCCUGCAGGUUUGUCCAAGGGAGUUUUGUGGCAGUGGAUUUUUUUUCAGUAUAUAGAAGAUAAAACCUUGUCUAAGACUGGUGUGUUGGAAUCUGGUGAGUGACCCAACUGAUGUGACUGUCCCACUCCCUGUGCCACCCUCACCUGACCUCACUGGACUAGAAAAUACACAGGAGGGAGUGAAAAAGCUUUUACUGGGAAAUGGUGGAAAAGUCCCAGGCUUUCCUUCUAUUUUCCCAGUUGCAGGCUCUGUGAUCCAGCCAGAGACAAUCCCACAUUUAUACACUGACAUCUGCUGAAGGAUCUUCUCUGGGAAAACCACACAAGAACCUAAAACUGGCCAGUAGCAACCAAAGGACUUUGUGAUUUGUGCAGUGGGGGCUGUGGACAGGUGAAGGUGUUUUCCAUAUGCUCCUGGGUUUGGUGCAUCCCACUGGUCACCAAUGACCUCUGUUCCCCCUUUCCACACUCACCCUCCUGCUCUGCUCCUCCUUUCCCUCCUCACCCACCUCUGUUUGCUCCCUAAUUGCUGACACAUCCCAGAACUUGCACCUGCAGCUGGUGCAAGACCCUGUGCAAGACAAAUUCUCCUCAAACAUCCAGAGAGUGGCACCUUCCCUUGCUCCAGGUGACUUUAUUCCCCUCCAAGCUGGCAAGGUGGACAUGGGCAGGUGGCUUUUGCCUUUGGACCCCUUGGGGCAGGACCAUGGUGGUCCUGGGGUCAGUGCAGGUGGGUUUGAUGGUGCUGGUGGUACCACUCAGGUUCUCACUCCCUUCUGUGUGCAGUCCAGAGGUGCCUGAGAUGAAUCUGCCCCAGAAAAGCUCUGCUCAACCUGUUCCGUUGAUGCAUCUUUUAAAAAAGAGAGGAGUCCUUGCCAAGGUGAUUUCACUGACAGACCAGAAGUUAAGGUCAUAAACUAUUGUGGUUUUUUUUUCCACCAGGUCCUGUCGUGAUCCUAAUGUUUACAUUCUUAGAGCUAUGCAAAGCAGGGACAAGGAAGGAUUAAUUUACCCCUUCUUUUUAAUUAGUUACACCUCUUCAGCCAAGUCCACCCACUCUGUAACUUCAAGGGUAUCUUGUGAUACCUGGGGAUGGAUUUGGCUGAACAGUCACCAGUUUAUUGCCUUUGGAAAUCAGUAUAUUUUCAAAAGAAUGUGAACAAUUUGUACAGUCUUGCAACAGUUGCUACAAAACCAGAAGAAAUACCAGAAACACUUGCUAUGCACAUUUUAACUCCAACCAUUCAAUUCCACUGAGUUAAAAUGUUAACUCAGCCAAAUGCUUUCUGUAUAUUGUGUUUUCCCACUCCUCUGUUUUAUAAAAUAAAUAUAAAAAACCAAAAAAGGGUGGGGAGGAAAGCCAAGAAUCAGGGUUUAAACAACCAUUUCCCUCUAAAAGGCAACAGCACUGAUUGAACACAAUAAGUUGUCAUAGUUCUCCUCCCAGGUGUGAGAAGAUGAUUUUGGGCUGAGUAGGAUGCACUGGGGUCGAUGGAAAUGUUCUCUCUGAUGUCACUGACACAAUAAAUGUUUACACACUGCAAGGAGUCCCCUUGCAAAGGGGAGGAUGCUCACGGGCAGAGCUGACCUCACACCAUUCAAUUAUUGUCACUUAGCAGUCUCUCAUAAGCUACACUCUGUAUAAAGCUGUCAGAGAAGGAGAGUUCAGUUUCAGUGCUUGUUUGGAGGAUUUUUAUAGACCUUGCUCAGCCUCCACGUGACUGGGAGCUGUUUCCUGUCCCUUCACUUUCGCACCCUUCUCCCUUGAUCAGCUUGAGAAAACAAGCCACUUGUGAUGCCACUUACUGGAACUCUGUAGCUCCUUCUGUGGGUUUUACUUCCCAAGAACUGAUGCUCAAAAAGAAAAAAAAAUAAAUAAAGGCUGUUUUGCAAACAUCA